GGUGGAGGUUGACGCCUCGGAUGUUGGAGUGGGGGUCAUUCUGUCCCAAUGUUCGGCACAGGACCAAAAGUUGCACCCCUGCGCUUUUCUUUCUCAUCGCCUGAAUUCUGCUGAGAGGAACUAUGACAUUGGUAAUCGAGAGCUUCUUGCAGUCAAGAUGGUGCUGGAGGAGUGGAAGCAUUGGCUUAAUGGGGCAGAACACCCAUUCUUAGUUUGGACCGACAAUAAGAAUCAUGAAUAUAUCCGCAUCGCCAAACGCCUCAACUCUAGACAGGCUCGUUGGGCUCUGUUAUUCACUCGGUUUAACUUUACCAUCACCUACCGCCCUGGGUCCAAGAAUGUUAAGCCUGAUGCUCUCUCCUGCCUGUACAGUUCUGCGGCUACACAAUCAGACCCAGAGAUCAUCCUCCCCACCUCCUGUCUCACUGCUACACUUAUCUCAGGAAUCAAGAGCCUGGUCCACAAGGUGCACCAGGCAGGGGGCAUGGCUAACCGGAUGUUUGUCCCUGAUUCGGCCCGGUCCUGAAUGGGCCCAUUCCUCGAAGUUCACCUGUCAUCUCGGUUCCCGCCAGACCCUGGCUUUCAUCCAAUAACGUUUCAUCCUACAACGGUCGCCGCCUGCACAGUGCCGAAUCUAUGGACUUCCUGUCAACAUGGUCUCCGAUCGUGGUCCUCAGUUUCCGUCACGAUUCUGGAAGGCGUUCUGCACCCUCAUUGGGUCGUCGGCCAGCCUGUCCUCCGGGUUUCAUCCUCAGUCCAACGGCCAGUCGGAGCGUGCCAAACAGGACCUGGAGACGACACUUCAGUGACUCGUCUCGGCCAAUCCCACCACCUGGAGCCAGCAACUCGUGUGGGUGGAACAUCAUACCCUGCUCGGCCACUGGGCUCUCGCCUUUCGAGUGUUCCCUGGGUUACUAGCCUCCGCUCUUCCCAGAGCAAGAGGAAGAGGUCAGUAUGCCCUCAGCCCAGAUGUUCGUCCGUCGCUGUCGGCAUACCUGGAAGAGAACCCGGUCCGCUCUUCUUAAGACCACCUCCAGGUGUCGGCGACAGGCGGACCACCACCGGACCCCGGCUCCCCGUUUUUGUCUUGGGCAGAGGGUAUAGCUCUCCACUCGGGAUCUGCCCCUCAGAGUGGAAUCCCGUAAACUUUCCCCCCCGCUUUAUCGGCCCCUUUCCCAUCUCUAAAAUCCUUAGUCCCACUGCUUUUCGUCUUCUAUUGCCCCACACCCUCCGUAUACAUCCCACAUUUCAUGUGUCUAAGAUUAAACCUCUGUCUCACAGCCCUAUGUCUCCUGUUUCCAGACCCCCUCCCCCCUCCCCCCCAUCUCAUCGAUGGCCUUACGGCAUACAAGGUGAGAUGCCUCCUGAGUGUUCAACUUCGGGCAGUGGUUUCCAGUAUCUGGGUGACUGGGAGGGUAAUGGCCCGAAGAAGAGGUGCUGGGUCCCCGCUAAGGACAUCCUGGACCUGGCCCUCAUCACUGACUUUUACCGCCAGCAUCCCGGUCAACCAGGCAUGCGCCCGGGUAGAACGCCAGGUGGUGCCCCUAGAGUGAUAUGCUCCGGCACCCAGAACGCACUGAGCGUGACAGGAAGUUCACAGACGCAGUACACACUGAUGAAGGAUAUGUACAGCGGCUGUGAGAUUGUCAUGGGCAACCUGGAGAUAACCAUGAUGGAACAUUGGAGGGAUUUCACAUUUCUACAGUCUAUCAGAGAAGUGACAGGCUACAUCCUCAUAGCCAUUAACCAGUUCAGUCGGCUGCCGCUGGACCAGCUCCGUAUCAUCAGAGGCACCACUCUGUUCGAGGAGCGCUUUGCUCUGGCUGUCCUCGUCAACUACCAGAAGGACGGCCAACACGGACUGGAGGAGCUGGGCCUCACACACCUCACAGAGAUCCUGGAGGGAGGGGUGCAGAUCGUUCAGAAUAAGUUCCUAAGCUACACCCCUCAGGUGAACUGGCUGGACAUAGUGAAGGAUGGAGCCUCUGAGGUCAUCAUCAACGAGAACGGGCCUGAACAGCCAUGUGAUGAGGCAUGCGCAGGUCCGUGUUGGGGGUCCAGGAAUGACACCUGCCAGAUCUUGACGAAGACAGUGUGUGCCCCUCAGUGUAAUGGCCGCUGCUUUGGGAGGAGUCCCAGUGAGUGCUGUCAUAUGGAGUGUGCAGGAGGCUGCACCGGACCACUGGAUACAGACUGUUUUGCCUGCCGCAACUUCAACAACUCAGGCUCCUGUGUGCCGCAGUGUCCCCAGACCCUCAUCUACAACAAGCACACCUUCAAACUGGAGCCCAACCCCAGCGCCAAGUACCAGUACGGCUCCAUCUGCGUGGCCCAGUGCCCCACUAAUUUUGUGGUGGAUGGGAGCUCGUGUGUGAGCAGCUGCCCCUCUUAUAAGACGGAGGUGGAGAAGAAAGGAGUGAAGAGGUGUGAGCCCUGUGGAGGCCUCUGUCCCAAAGCUUGUCAAGGAACAGGCACAGCCUCCAGACAGACAGUGGACUCUCAGAACAUUGACAGUUUCAUCAACUGCACCAAGAUUCAGGGCAGCCUGCACUUUCUGGUCACCGGGAUCAAAGGUGAUCCCUACAACAACAUCGCAGCUUUGGACCCAGAGAAACUGAAGAUCUUCAGAACUGUGCGAGAGAUCACAGACAUUCUGAGUAUCCAGUCAUGGCCGGAAACUCUGACAGACCUGUCAGUCUUCUCCAACUUGACAACCAUACAAGGAAGAACCCUUUACAGAGGGCGCUCUAAAAGGGGCUACUCCCUGCUGGUGAUGCGCAUCCCGUCCCUGACAUCUCUGGGGCUGCGCUCGCUGCGGAGGAUCAACGACGGCGGCGUCUACAUCACAGGAAACAAGAAGCUGUGCUACCACCACACCGUCAACUGGACACGCCUCUUCAGCAGCAGCUCCCGCCCACAGCGCCGCCAGAAGAACAUUGACGUCAAGGAGAAUCGUCUCCAGAGCCAGUGUGUUGAGGAGGGGCACAUGUGUGACCCACUGUGUUCGUUGGAGGGCUGUUGGGGUCCUGGUCCAGACCAGUGUCAGUCCUGUAAGGACUACAGCCGAGGAGGUACCUGUGUCCAUCAGUGCAGAUUUCUCACUGGGGAGGGGCGUGAGUUUGCAGGUCCAAAGGGCGAGUGUAUGCCCUGUCACUCAGAGUGUGAGGUCCAGGAGGGACGGCUCACCUGCACAGGACCGGGAGCUAAUAAGUGUGUGGUGUGUGCCAGUCUGAGGGACGGUCCCCACUGUGUGUCCUCAUGCCCUGAGGGAGUGAUGGGGGAGAAGGGUCUCAUCUUUAAAUACCCCAACCAGCAGAGACGCUGUGAGCCCUGCCACCUCAACUGCACCCAGGGUUGCUCAGGCCCAGGCAUUGGGGACUGCUUGGACUCGUCCAGAUUAACCACUAGCCAACCCAUUAUAGGCAUUGUUCUGGGAGUUUUGGCAGUGGUGAUAGUGGGCAUCUCUAUCUUUGUGAUGAGUGUUCUGUACCGCCGAGGUCUUGCCAUCCGGCGCAAGAGAGCCAUGAGGAGAUACCUGGCGAGUGGAGAGAGUUUAGAGCCCUUGGACCCUGGUGAGAAGGGGGUCAAAGUUCAUGCGAGGAUCCUGAAGGUCAGAGAGCUCCGUAAGAUCAAGCUGCUGGGCACCGGGGUGUUUGGCUCCAUCCACAAGGGCAUUUGGAUUCCUGAGGGAGACUCAGUGAAGAUCCCCGUGGCCAUAAAGACUAUUCAUGAUCGAACGGGGCGGCAGACCUUCCAUGAGAUCACAGACCACAUGUUGGCGAUGGGUAGCUUGGACCACCAGUACAUAGUCAGGCUCUUAGGCAUCUGUCCUGGUGCCAGUCUCCAGCUGGUCACCCAGCUCAGCACUCAGGGGUCCUUACUGGAGCACAUCAGGCACUACAGGGAUAGCCUGGACCCACAGAGGCUGCUCAACUGGUGUGUGCAGAUUGCCAAGGGUAUGUACUAUUUGGAGGAACACAGGAUGGUCCACAGAAACCUGGCAGCCAGGAAUGUUCUCUUGAAAAGUGACUACAUGGUCCAGAUCUCUGACUAUGGCAUCGCAGACCUGCUAUACCCUGACGACAAGAAGUACUUCUACAAUGAGGUCAAGACGCCUAUCAAAUGGAUGGCUCUGGAGAGCAUCUUGUUCCGCAGAUACACACAUCAAAGCGAUGUCUGGAGCUAUGGAGUGACAGUGUGGGAGAUGAUGUCAUACGGGGCGGAGCCCUAUUCAACGAUGCGUCCACAGGAAGUGCCUGACCUGCUGGAGAAGGGCGAGCGUCUCUCCCAGCCACACAUCUGCACCAUAGAUGUUUACAUGGUCAUGGUCAAGUGCUGGAUGAUUGACGAGAAUGUCCGUCCCACCUUCAAGGAACUGGCCAAUGAGUUUACCAGAAUGGCCAGGGACCCGCCUCGGUACCUAGUGAUCAAGGGGGACUGCAGCCCGUCGGACUCUCCCUCAGACGAGUCUCACCACCGAGUUACAGAGCUGGAUCACAUGGAGGCGGGGCUGGAGGACCAGGAUGAGGAGAGGCUAGGGGACGGCAUGGCCACACCUCCUCUCUAUCUGUCACAGGCCAGGAGUUUUUCUCGACUCUCACGAAUGGAAAGCCACAGGGGUGUUCACAGCAGUCAGGCUGGAUACCUGCCCAUGACCCCAGGACUGGAUAACUCUCAGAUGGUGUGGCCGCCAGCGUCUCGCUCUCGCCUCAACUCCGCCCGCACUGUGUCAGAGAGCUCCGAGGGGCGGGGCACGUUGGUGGAGCUGGAGAUGAGCGAGGACUUGGCUGGUAGCCUGCAGAGGAAGCGGCAUCGGGAGGACAGUGCCUACAUGUCCCAGAGGGACAGCAUGUCAGGGGUGCUGUCUGAGACCCCCUCCCCUGACACAGAGGGGGAGGAGGACCAGAACGGAUACGUGCUUCCCGGACUGGGUGACAGUCCAGAGAGAGAUACGCUACUGUCUAGCUCACGGGUCACCCUUCCUCACGGGAGGACGUCCAAGGUUCCCUCAUACCCGUCAGGACCCUCGGAGGACAAUGACAGUGCCUGUGAAGAAUAUGAGUACAUGAACAAACAGGCGUUCAUGAUGACUCUCUCCCCCAGGCAGCAGCCUGGCCACUCCAAAGAUGGCCAGUGGUUGAAGAUGAACAAGAGGCAACGCUCUUCUCUGCCAUCCCUGGACACAGAGUAUACAGAGUGCACGGGGCACAGGACAUCAGCUGGGGAGAACAGGGGAGGCCAAACCAAGAAUGAAGAACUCCAGGACUAUGAAUUCCCUGCCCUCAACUCUGAUUCAGACAAAAUAGAGGAAAGUGGCUCUGGGGACGUUGAAUAUGAGUACAUGGACAUUCGAAGUGUUGGACCAGAGGCCAGUGAAAGACCAGACGAUCCCCCAACACGAGUUGUCCCUCAUCCUGGAGCUACGCCCAAACAGCGGAUGAGAGGCGAGAGAAAGGUGGAGGAAGUGGACAAUGAAUACGUAGAAGAGGAUGACUAUCAUUACACUAACAGGCAACCCAAGCUACGGCAGGCUCUGCGAAGCAGGGAGGGGCUGAGGAUGCAGAGAGGAGGAGAGGGAGAGGUGGAUGAGUACGAGGACAUGGAUUCACUUGCUGCCCCUGGAGCUGGGGACCCAGUGGAGUAUGAGAAUUUGCAGGGAGAAGGUGAGGGUGUAGUGCGGGCAAUCGGGGGUCAGCGCACAGGGAUGGGGGCAUUUGUAAAAGUGCGUGCAGGGGUAGGGGUGGGGGAGCCUGGUGGAGAUUGCUCAUUUGACAAUCCAGACUACUGGCAGAGCAGGUUGUUCCUGAAGCCUGUGAGCACGUAGGGAAGUGGACCUCCUUCAUCAAACCUGAAGGGGAUAGCUGCCUCUGUAGCUUUUCCAUGUCCGUUGAAUUCAAUGAAGGACCAGGAGAGGGGAGAAACCAAUCCAGAGCCAUCCAAAUAUCAAAAAUAUUUAAGACAUAUCUCUGUGUGCCAUUUUUGUAUUUUAAAGAGCAACUGACACUAAAAAGCUACUUCUUGUUUUAAAAAUAGCCUAAUAUGAGUCAGAAACAUCCAUUCUAGUGUCAAAACAAAGUGUAAAUCAUAAAGUCAGUCUCGUUCAAUACAGAGAUUUUACGAUAUGAUAGGAAAACAUUUUAUGUCAAGGAAUAAAGGGUACCGUAAUAGUUUUCUUGAGGUUGGGUUUAUUUCAAUCCUGCCCCCCAAGCCAUCAUCAAUUUGGAGGUUGUAAUGCCCGUAGUCAAUUUGAUUUGACAUUCGAUAUCUCUAUAGGGCUAGAUAGGGACCAUCAGUAAAUGGUACAUGGGACAAUAUUUUUUAAAUAUCAAUAGCUCCAAAUUUAAAUGACUUAAAAACCUAAUACAAACUAUAAAUUGUAGAAAUUCAUAAACAAAUAUUGAAAGCAUUUAAUGAGACAAUUAAAAGAUGUGCAACAUGAAAAAUCUACUUUGCCACGGUCACAUACCAGCCUGCAGAAGCUAAUUGGCAAAAGACGUUGGCUAGCACUAGCAAUCUUAGGCAACUUUAAGACACAAGACCUGGUUUCAAGAUAUCUAGAAGGGUGAGUUACUGUAACUGUGUACUGUUUUGGUAGAGUGAAUGUACAAACGCUUGCCACAUACGAACACACACAAGACACACCCACAUUAAACCACCUUACAAGACAACUCUUGUUUGGCUUCAGUCAUGGCCGCUGCGUUUCUUAAUGACCAAGCCGAAAAAGAAGCCAAAUCAGGAAGUUCCGCCAUUAAUGUGUCUGUUACAGGUUUACAUUGAUCAUGUUUUUUAGCCAUAAUAACAUAUAGGCUUUGGGAUGUUUUUCUUUGAAAUAUGAUACUGUAUUAUAAGUGUAAGGCACUGUGAGUGUGUGAAGCACUAAUAGAAAUGGCCCGAUUAUAAGCUUUGUAUAUGUUUUUACUUAUAAGAACAAAAAAUUAUUUUGUACAAUGUUAUUUUUCUAUGGUAUUUUCAUGUUUUGAAAAUGUUAAUGUAACCUUUAAGUGAUAUUAUUGAGUAUGUUCUAUAUAAUAAAACUCUUUGAAGAAUGUA